UGGCUGUUCAUCUUAACAGGCACACAAGUUAAAGGAUUUACAACGCUGCGGUUCCUGAUCGAGCCUUCGGAUGCCGUCACCAUGCGAGGAGGUAACAUUUUGCUGAACUGCACCGCGGACUCGGAUCGAGGGCUUCCGGUCAUCAAAUGGAAGAAGGACGGUGUCUUUUUAAACUUGGCGGUGGACGAGAGAAGGCAGCAGUUUUCCAAUGGAUCUCUUUUGAUACAAAAUAUAGUCCACUCCAGACAUCAUAAACCUGACGAGGGCCUUUAUCAGUGUGAAGCCUCCCUAGAAGGAAUUGGAGCCAUUGUCAGUCGGACAGCCAAAGUCUCAGUCGCAGGCCCUUUGAGGUUUCUAUCCCAGACGGAUUCUGUCACAGCUUUCGCGGGAGAUACCGUUUUGUUAAAGUGUGAAGUUGUCGGAGAACCUAUGCCCACGAUCCACUGGCAGAGGAAUCAAGAGGACCUGAUCUUGAUGCCCACUGACACCCGGGUGGCAAUCCUUCCUUCUGGAUCUUUACAAAUUAGCAGAAUUCAAGCUGGGGACAGUGGGAUCUAUAGAUGCCUUGCAAAGAAUCCAGCCAGCUUCAGAACUGGGAAUGAAGCAGAAGUCAGAGUUUUGGCAGAUCCCGGGUUGCACAGACAACAAUUUUUCCUGCAGAGACCGUCCAACGUGGUAGUUACCGAAGGGAAGGACGCUGUGCUGGAGUGUUGUGUUUCUGGCUAUCCAGUGCCAACAUUUACCUGGCUGCGAGGAGAUGAAAUAAUCCCUUUGAGAUCUAAAAAAUAUUCAUUGUUGGCUGGCAGUAACUUAUUGAUCGCUAAUGCAACGGACGACGAUUCUGGGACAUACACUUGUGUGGUCACCUACAAGGAGGAGAACAGUAGUGCUUCAGCAGAGUUAUCUGUGUUGGUUCCACCGUGGUUUAUAAACCAACCUUCAAAUCUCUACGCCUACGAGAGUAUGGACAUUGAGUUUGACUGCGCUGUCUCCGGCAAACCAGUCCCUACUGUGCAGUGGAUCAAGAACGGAGAAGUUGUCAUUCCUAGUGAUUAUUUUCAAAUAGUGGGUGGCAGCAACCUGCGUAUCCUAGGCUUGGUAAAGUCAGACGAAGGCUUCUAUCAGUGUGCAGCAGAAAACGAUGCUGGGAACGCACAAACCAGCGCGCAGCUAAUCAUCCCCGAGCCUGCUAUCCCAAGCUCCAGUAUCCUCCCCUCUGCUCCCCGCGAUGUGGUCCCUGUUUUGGUCUCCAGUCGGUUUGUUCGUCUCAGCUGGCGCCCACCUGCCGAAGCCAAAGGGAACAUUCAAACCUACACCGUCUACUUCUCCAGAGACAGUGUGAACAGGGAACGAGCCCUGAACACAUCACAGCCUGGGAUGCUCCAACUUACAGUGGGGAACCUAAAACCGGAAGAAACCUACACAUUCCGAGUGGUAGCAUACAAUGAAUGGGGACCAGGAGAAAGCUCACAGUCUGUCAAGGUGGCAACACAACCUGAAUUGCAAAUCCCAGGACCAGUGGAAAACCUGCGGGCCAUAUCUACCUCACCUACCUCAAUUCUUAUCACAUGGGAACCACCUGUCUAUGCAAAUGGCCCAGUCGAAGGCUAUAGAUUGUACUGUACUGAAGUAGCUACUGGAAAAGAACAGAAUAUAGAAGUGAAUGGUUUAUCGUACAAGCUGGAAGGGCUAAAGAAAUUCACUGAAUACACCAUACGAUUUCUGGCAUACAACCGUUACGGGCCUGGAGUAUCUUCUGAAGAUCUGACAGUCAGGACGCUUUCAGAUGUGCCAAGUGCUAUGCCUCAGAACAUCUCUUUGGAGGUGGUUAACUCAAAGAGCAUCAAAGUUAGCUGGCUGCCACCACCCCCAGGCACUCAAAAUGGAUUUAUAACAGGCUACAAAAUCCGACACAGAAAGACUACACGUAGAGGCGACAUGGAAACAUUGGAACCCAACAACCUCUGGUACUUGUUCACAGGUCUCGACAAAGGAAGCCAGUACAGUUUCCAAGUAGCGGCCAUGACAGCCAACGGGACGGGCCCCUCCUCGGACUGGUACACCGCCGAAACCCCAGAGAGUGAUCUGGAUGAAUCUCAAGUUCCUGAUCAGCCAAGCUCUCUUCAUGUCCGACCUUUGUCAACCAGCAUCGUCAUGAGCUGGACGCCGCCGCUGAACCCCAACAUCAUCGUGCGGGGAUACAUCAUUGGCUAUGGAGUGGGCAGCCCAUAUGCUGAGACGGUGCGCGUGGACAGCAAGCAGCGAUACUAUUCAAUCGAGCAUUUGGAACCGAGUUCCCACUAUGUCAUCUCUUUGAAAGCUUUUAACAAUGCUGGGGAAGGAGUCCCUCUCUACGAGAGUGCCACCACCAGAUCACUGACAGAUCCCAUUGACCCAUUAGAAGUUGAUUUUUAUCCUUUGCUUGAUGAUUUCCCUACCUCAGUCCCAGAUAUCUCCACCCCCAUGCUCCCACCAGUAGGUGUCCAGGCCGUCGCAUUAACCCAUGAUGCCGUGAGGGUCAGCUGGGCGGACAACUCUGUCCCAAAGAAUCAGAAGAUGACCGAAGUUCGGUUCUACACGGUCCGAUGGAGAACCAGCUAUUUCACAAGUGCUAAAUACAAGUCAGCAGAUACAACAGCCUUGAGCCACACAGUAUCCAGUCUGAAGCCAAAUACAAUGUAUGAAUUUUCCGUCAUGGUAACGAAAGGUCGAAGGUCAAGCACAUGGAGUAUGACUGCUCAUGCCACUACCUACGAAGCAGCCCCAACCUCUGCUCCCAAGGAUUUGACAGUCAUCACUCGAGAAGGCAAGCCUCGGGCCGUCAUUGUCAGCUGGCAGCCUCCAUUAGAAGCCAACGGCAAGAUUACUGCUUACAUUCUCUUCUACACUUUGGACAAGAAUUCUCCCAUCGAUGACUGGGUCAUGGAGUCCAUCAGCGGUGACCGGCUUACCCAUCAAAUCAUGGAUCUCAAUCUCGACACUGUCUAUUACUUCAGAAUACAAGCCCGGAACGCCAAAGGAGUGGGUCCUCUCUCAGAUCCUAUUCUCUUCCGGACUCUCAAAGUAGAGCAUCCCGACAAAAUGGCUAAUGACCAAGGUCGUCAUGGAGAUGGAGCCUAUUGGCCGGUUGACACAAACUUGAUUGACAGAAGCAGCCUAAACGAGCCUCCCAUCGGACAGAUGCAUCCUCCCCAUGGAAGCGUGACGCCCCAGAAGAACAGCAAUCUCCUCGUCAUUAUCGUGGUCACAGUUGGGGUGGUGACUAUCGUGGUGGUGGUGAUUGUGGCUGUGAUUUGCACCAGGCGUUCUUCAGCUCAGCAGAGGAAGAAACGUGCUACUCACAGCGCUGGCAAAAGGAAGGGCAGCCAGAAAGACCUGAGACCUCCGGAUCUUUGGAUACACCAUGAAGAGAUGGAAAUGAAGAAUAUCGAAAAACCCUCCGGUUCUGAUCCAUCAGGAAGAGACUCUCCCAUACAGAGCUGUCAAGAACUCACUCCAGGCAGCCAUGCCCAGUCUGAAACCCCGAUGGGCAGCAAGAGUGCCUCACAGUCUGCUCCAGAUACGGAAGAGGUGGCAAGCAGCAUGUCCACGUUGGAGCGGUCUCUUGCUGCCCGCAGAGCGACUCGUGCCAAGCUCAUGAUUCCAAUGGACUCGCAGCCCAGCAAUACUUCUGUCGUGAGUGCCAUCCCAGUUCCGACGCUAGAAAGUGCUCAGUACCCAGGAAUCCUGCCAUCUCCCACAUGUGGCUACCCACAUCCUCAGUUCACCCUCCGACCAGUACCGUUUCCGACGCUAUCAGUUGACCGGACUUUUGGAACGGGAAGAACCGUGAAUGAAGCUCCGGCCCCUCAGCAGACAACCAUGUUACCGCAGACCCAGCCUGAACAUUCCACCAGCGAGGAUGCGCCCAGCAGGACAAUUCCAACCGCAUGCGUCCGGCCUACACAUCCGCUCCGCAGUUUUGCCAAUCCCUUGCUACCUCCGCCAAUGAGUGCAAUAGAACCGAAAGUCCCUUACACACCACUUUUAUCUCAAACAGCAUCCAACCUUCCCAAGGCUCAGGUGAAGACCGCAUCCCUCGGACUAGCUGGAAAGGCAAGAUCCCCUCUGCUCCCUGUCUCAGUGCCGACCGCUCCGGAAGCUUCAGAAGAGGGUCACAAACCAACAGAGGAUUCAGCUAAUGUAUACGAACAGGACGAUCUGAGUGAACAAAUGGCAAGUUUGGAGGGGCUAAUGAAGCAGCUUAACGCUAUCACUGGCUCAGCCUUCUGAAAAAUCUGGAAGAGAAGAAGAACGGAGCUACUGGGGAACAUUGCAGCAUACCAGCGUUUCACACGUACCCCCACCCGACAUCCGUGCCAACCAUAAAGCCGACCGAUGCAUCAUUCCAUUCUACACACGGAUCUUGCCAUCCUGGAAGGACAUUGUCCAUUCCUAUGAAUCAUACAACAAACCUUAAGUAGAGAUGAAAGAGCAUCCCACAGAAGUUAGAAGGAAGGUGUCUUCACAGCAGAAUGGCAGACAGUGCCUCUUAGUAGCUGAUAGUGUUCCGCCCAUGGGCUAAGCCCACCAACUCUACUGAAGUUCAGGCCUAAGUCAUAACAAGCUCACCCCAAGCACUAUUGCUGCCAGUAAUCCCUCGCCAGUGUAGGCCAGCAAUUCCCCUUCUGUGAGGGACAGGGGACCUAGAAGUUCUGGAAGACUUGCAGCAGCAGGAAAUGCCUCAUCUUUAAGGUCUAACUGCUUCCACAGAGCACUGCGGUGCCUGAGAAAUGGAGUUCCCGAUAGCUCUAGUGGCAGUGGCUCCCAACCUGUUUUGGCACCAGGGACUAGUUUCGUGGAAGAAACAGCCCCAGGCUGCCAUGGUCAAUCCCUGCCCCCCGUGGUGUUUUUUUUUUAACGGGUGGGGAGACUGGGGCUAUUUCUGCCGCCUCUCCACUAGAUGGCGAGGCGGCAGAAGUCCAAUCUGCCUCCCCCUCCCAUUUCAAGACUCCCUGCCAAUCAGCUGAUCGUUGAGGUUCUAUAAAUGAGGGGUAGGCUAAGGUCGCGGCAGUGCUGCCCCUUCCACUGGCCUGGGACCUGGGUGGAUGAAAGAGGCGGUGUGGCCUCACUCUGAGGCUGCCUCCUCUGCAGCCCAGUUGCUAGCAGGCCACGGACCAGCACUGGUCCAUGGCCCGUGGUUGGGUACCCCUGCUCUAUGGCACAGCAUCCAGACCUUACAGAAGAUGUGACCACUGCUGCCUGCACUCUUCACCAGUCCUUACUGCCAUCACCCCUUCACAUGGUUAAGUUUGAAGAUCCGGGGAAGUGGUAGGGGAAGGGUGGUGGGAGUGCCAGUCAGGUACCACCGAAUUCUCUGCAAGCUCCUGCAAAAAAAGGGAUGGGUUUAUCUGAAGAGUCCUUCACAAAAGUCUGGGAAGAGCAAGUUAAUUCCAGGGCAAGCAGGGGGGGGGGGAGCUGUCCCCAUCACUCUUUAUGACCAGAUUUCCCCAAAAGUUAAAUAGGCGUGCCAAAAGACAUUGCUUGGGGGGGCUUCCACACAUCCCCAAUGCAUGUCCUAAAGUUUGUUUUAGCCAUGCUGAUUUUAACGCUUGUAUGGCUGAAAUUAGUCCGAAUCAUUUGGGUGCUGCUUCACUCAAGGUUGUGACCUUGUGGAGGAGGGACCCAAGAGGCUCAGACUCGCAGCUGCAAUGACGUCCCCAGGAUAAUACGUAAAAGGGGCCUAAGUUGACAUAUCGGACUUACUAGAGAGGUUUGUAGGGGGUUUCAUGUGUGUGUGUCCGUGCGUAUGUGUAUGUAGAUCCUCUAAGUGCAUUUUUGAUAUCUGUUGCAGGCCACUGUAAAGUCAAGACAUACCAGAA